AUGACCCACCCAUUGGGUAGAAGAUGGUGCAGGCGAGGAAGAUUGCUGGCCAUCACCUCCUCAGACCCACGUCCAUGGGGCCCGGCAGGAACAAGAAAGCUGUCAACCAUGCCCCCGCUGCGCCGGAGGCCCUGGCACCGGGUCAGAGCCUCGCAGCCGCGCUGGCCCCCGCCAGUCCCUGCCCCUGCAGGGCUCUCACCAGCGCCACCACAUCGGCAUCGCUGUGCGCGGCGGACAGGCUGA